GGCGCGUCAUUGAACAGAGACCAUGAUGGCGGCGGUCGGUGCACCAGAAGUGAUCUCACAGCUGGAAAGCGCUGCCAAAGUUUUAAUGGCGCCGCCAUCCAUGGUCAGCACCGAGCAGCGCCAGCAUGCAGAGCACGUGUUCCUCUCCUUCCGCAAGUCCAAAUCGCCCUUUGCUGUGUGCAAGCACAUCCUAGAGACCAGCCGCGUGGACUAUGUGCUGUUCCAGGCAGCAACCGCCAUCAUGGAGGCUGUCGUGCGAGAGUGGAUUCUGCUGGAGAAGUCCAGCAUAGAAUCCCUCAGAACAUUCCUCCUCACCUAUGUCUUACAGCGGCCGAACCUUCAAAAAUACGUGAGGGAGCAGAUUCUCUUGGCAGUGGCUGUUAUUGUGAAGCGUGGCUCCCUGGACAAGUCCAUCGACUGCAAGGGCAUCUUCCAUGAAGUUAACCAGCUUAUCAGCAGCGGGAACCACACUGUGCAAACGUUGGCCUGCUCCAUCUUGACGGCCCUCCUCAGCGAGUUCUCCAGCUCAAGUAAGACCAGCAACAUCGGCCUCAGUAUGGAGUUCCAUGGCAGCUGUAAGCGCCUUUUCCAGGAAGACGGCCUGAAGCAGAUAUUCAUGAUCACUAUGGAAGUGCUUCAGGAGUUCAGCCGCAGAGAGAACCUCAAUGCCCAGAUGUCCUCGGUCUUCCAGCGCUACCUGGCCCUGGCCAACCAGGUGCUUAGCUGGAACUUUCUUCCACCCAACCUCGGUCGGCACUACAUCGCCAUGUUCGAGUCCACCCAGAACGUCACCCUGAAGCCACCCGAGUCCUGGAGGGAGGCGCUGCUGGACACGCGUGUCAUGGACCUCUUCCUCACUGUGCACAGGAAGAUCCGCGAGGACUCGGACAUGGCACAAGACUCUCUGCAGUGCCUGGCCCAGCUGGCCUCCAUGCACGGACCCAUCUUCCCCGACGAGAGUGCACAGGUGUCUUACUUAGCCCACAUGGUGGAGGGCCUGCUGAAUAUGAUCAAUGGGAUUGAGAUUGAAGAUUCUGAGGCCGUGGGAAUCUCCAACAUAAUCAGUAACUUGAUCACCACAUUCCCCCGGAGGAACCUGACCGCCCUUCCCAGCGAGCUGUUCUCCUCCUUUGUCAACUGCCUGACGCACCUCACCUGCUCCUUCGGAAGCAGUGCUGCCCUCGAGGAAGUGCUGGACAAGGAUGACAUGGUGUACAUGGAGGCCUAUGACAAGCUGCUGGAGUCAUGGCUGACACUGGUGCGGGACGAGGAGCAUUUCCCGCGCGGCUGCUUUGUUCAGCCCGCCGUGCAGGUCUUUAACUCAUACAUACAGUGCCACCUGGCAGCCCCCGACGGCACCCGCAACCUGACAGCAAAUGGAGUGGUGUCUCAUGACGAGGACGAGAUUAACGAGCUACAGGAGGAUGACCGGGAGCUGUUCUCGGAUCAGCUGGCUAGUAUAGGCAUGCUGGGGCGAAUAGCGGCUGACCACUGCAUCCCACUGCUCACCAGCCUGUUGGAGGACCGGGUUACAAGGCUACAUGGGCAGCUCCAGCGGCACCAGCAACACCUCCUCUCUGAACCAGACCCUGGGUCACUGGACCGGAAGGUCCUGGAUGACCUAUAUGAAGAUAUCCACUGGCUGAUUCUGGUCACAGGCUACCUGUUGGCUGAUGACCCUCAAGGUGAGACCCCCCUCAUACCCUCAGAAGUGAUGGAAUACUCCAUUAAGCACUCCACAGAGGUGGACAUCAACACCACCCUCCAGAUCUUGGGCUCACCUGGUGAGAAGGCCUCUUCUAUCCCAGGAUGCAAUAGGACUGACUCAGUAAUCAGGUUACUGUCGGCAGUGCUCCGAACGUCUGAAGUGGAGUCGCGGGCCACGAGGGCCAGCCUAACAAGCCUACUGAGUCCACAGAUGGGCAAGGACAUUGUGUGGUUUCUUCGGCGCUGGGCGAAGACCUAUCUGCUUGUGGAUGACAAACUGUACAGCCAGAUCAGCAUUCCACUCAGCACUGCCUUUGGAGCAGACACUGAAGGUGCCCAAUGGAUUGUGGGAUACCUGCUGGAGAAGGUAAUCAACAACUUGUCUGUGUGGAGCUCGGAGCAGGACCUGGCGAAGGACACAGUGGAGCUGCUGGUCACUCUGGUGGAGAGAAGAGAGAGGGCCAACAUUGUGAUCCAGUGUGAGAGCUGGUGGAAUCUGGCAAAGCAGUUUGCCAGUCGCAGACCUCCACUCCACCUCCUGUCCAGCUCUGUGCAACGCACCCUGAUGAAGGCACUGGUGCUGGGCGGCUUCGCCCACAUGGACUCUGACACUAAGCAGCAGUACUGGAGCGAGGUCCUUCAGCCGCUGCAACAGCGAUUCCUCAAUGUCAUCAACCAGGAGAACUUCCAGCAGAUCUGCCAGGAAGAGGAAGUAAAGCAGGAGAUCGUGGCCACUCUGGAGGCAUUGUGUGGCAUUGCUGAGGCCACGCAGAUUGACAAUGUAGCGGCCCUGUUCAGCUUCCUGGUGGACUUCUUGUCCAACUGCAUUGGCCUCAUGGAGGUGUACAGGAACACACCCGAGACUGUUAAUCUCAUCAUUGAGGUGUUUGUGGAAGUGGCACACAAGCAAAUCUGCUACCUGGGGGAGUCCAAAUCUAUGAAGCUCUAUGAGGCGUGCCUGACGCUACUACAGGUUUACUCCAAGAACAACCUGGGUCGCCAGCGUGUAGACGUGACGGCAGAGGAGGACCAGUACCAGGACUUGUUGCUCAUCAUGGAGCUCCUCACCAACCUGCUCUCCAAGGAGUUCAUUGACUUCAGUGACACCGAUGAGGUGUUCCGGGGACAGGAUCAAGGCCCAGGGGCUGGGCGCUCGGUGUCGGCCGCAGAUGUGGUUCUCUAUGGGGUCAACAUUGUGCUGCCACUGAUGUCUCAAGACCUGCUGAAGUUUCCUUCUCUCUGUAACCAGUACUACAAGCUCAUCACCUUCAUCUGUGAGAUAUUCCCAGAGAAGAUCCCACAGUUACCCGAAGAGCUUUUUAAAAGUUUGAUGUUUUCCUUGGAGCUGGGGAUGACCUCGAUGAGCUCAGAAGUCAGCCAGCUGUGCCUGGAGGCACUGACCCCUCUGGCCGAGCAGUGUGCCAAAAGCCAGGAGACCGACACGCCUCUCUUCAUCGCCACACGCCACUUCCUCAAGCUUGUGUUUGACAUGCUGGUGCUGCAGAAACACAACACUGAGAUGACGGUGGCAGCUGGAGAGGCGCUCUACACCCUUGUGUGCCUGCAUCAGGCCGAGUACUCGGAGCUGGUGGAGACGCUACUGUCCAGCCAGCGGGAUGCGGUGAUCUACCAGCGGCUGGCUGAUGCCUUCAACAAGCUGAGCGCCAGCAGCACCCCCCCAACCAUGGACCGCAAACAGAAGGUGGCCUUCCUCAAGAGCUUGGAGGAGUUCGUGGCCAAUGUGGGGGGACUGCUGUGCGUCAAAUAACUACUGCCCUUCCUCCAAUGACUAGAGACCCCUGCCUCCUUCAGCUCACACCCCUCCUUGCUGCACAACAUAACCUAUACCAUCUUGACCAUGGUGUUGAAACCGCCCUGUCGGACUGCAGCGGUGCUGGAGCUGGAAAUGGGGAGGCCUUUAAAUGGAUGCACCCAAAGCCCAGCCUCCCAUGUGAUAAAGUAACUGGGAGGGCUGCAUGGGAGCCAUCUUUGUGGUGUCAGCCAUCUUCCUCGCUGUAAGACCUCCUGGCCCUCGUUGUCUUUGUUGCUGGAGAGAGUCCUGCCACGCAUUCAGAACAGGAAGAAUGAUGCGCCCAGCCGCUCCAAAUUCACAUCAUCCUCCUCCCUCCCCCUUCCCCGAGUGCCUUUGUUUGCACAUUGUUGUCUUAGAGCCAGUGGAAGCUGGAGCUUCACAGGCCAUUUUAGCGACAUGUGGAGAAGGUUGGCGUGCUGUCUGAGGGGGGGGGGGCAGGGGGAGGGACAGGCUCACACCACCGUGAUGACAGGCCCCGGUCUCCGGAAGCCCUGUACUCACUGGCGAGGACAAAUAACCAAAUCAUUCUUCAUCUGUUCAUCAUCAAGGGUGUACAUAUUUUCACAACAGGGGUGGGAGUUUUUAUAUGACUGAAUGUCAAGAGACAUUUAUUAUUCCAAUUUGUUUUUUAUUUUUUUGGGGGGUGAGGUGAGGAGCUCCCCCUCCCCUCAUUAUGCUUUCUUAACCCUAAAUGGCUGCUGCUCUGAGGCUGCUUCCUGUCCGUCUCGGUGCUCCAGCGAGGGGUGGGCAUAGUUCCCUCACUAGGCAAAGGGCAGUAGAUGCUUCAAGGCUCCUGGACUGGAGGGGCUCAGUGACACAUGUGGCCCUGGGGCCCCUGGGAUGGUGUGUGGGGGAGGGCACAUCCCAAGAAAAUCACCCAUGUCCCCUGAGACGGAAGUCGCACGAGGGCCCGGAAGCUGUGCUUAUGCUUUUUUUUUUUAAUUAUUUUUUUAAACAGCCGUAAACCCAAAAUGCAGCAAAGGUGGCAAACCAUAUUGCAGAAGCAAUAAUGAACCAAAAAAAUAAAUCAACACAGAGACUGUAACACCAUCUGUUUUAGCUUGGGCAUUAGUUUUUUUUUUUUUUUUUUUAUUUCUGCCCCUUUCUGAUAUUUAAUGUGGAUUGCCAGGAAGAAAUGUAAAAGUGUAUAUAAUCUUAUAUCAUACUUUGUGAGUGCAGGUUUUCUGUGAAGUAUAUGGUAUGCCAUGCUGUACUUUCCACAGCUGGAGUAAUACUUUUUGAGGGAGGGGGGUUCAGUUCACUUCCAAGAAUUUAUUUUUGUUUGCAAGCAAUGAGGGCACAAUUUUCAGUACUGAAGUGCACUAUGUUGAAGUCCGGUUUUCUCUUCCUGAUGCUGCCUUUGUUUGGUUCCAGGUUCUUGUUAGAAAGGAAAUACAAACAGAUCUUUCACAUGCGCUUCAGAGUUAUUGUAUAUUGUUCCACAGACCAUGGAGCUUACUGAGUUUCUCUCGUCUGACGUGAACCUUAACCAAAACAUCAAAUAAAAUGCACACACUUUUACAUUUAUAGACUUUUA